UUGAAACCCCAUCAUCUAUGCAAACAAUCAACCUCUUCCUUCAAUACUCCAUCCACAACGUCACAUAUUAAAACCCCAUCAACCCCUUUUCACGUUUUCUUGAUUCCAUAUUUUCAAUUAGAUAACCAAUAACAAAAGCAUCAGCCUCAUAUCUAUUAGCAAUGGCCACUGUCACCUCUUCUGCUGUUGCUAUCUCUUCUUUCACUGGCCUCAAGUCUUGUGCUUCCUCAGCUUCCAGAGUUAGCACCGCCUCCGCCAAGGUGGCCGCUACCCCGGCCUCCAGAUUGGCCGUGAAGGCGUAUUUGAAAGACGUCGGUGCUGUCGUUGUCGCCACCGUCUCUAGCGCAAUGCUUGCUAGCAAUGCCGUGGCUCUUGAAGUGUUGCUUGGUAGCGAUGAUGGUGGUCUUGCUUUUGUUCCCGGAAGCUUUGAAGUUGCCGCAGGUGAGAAAAUUACGUCCAAGAACGAUGCCGGGUUCCCCCAAUUUAGGGUCUGUUUUGUUUUGGGUAUUUACGGGUGGGGGGAUGUAAGAGGGUGGGUUGGGUCAGGAGUGGGUUGGGUUAAAAUGUUGGGGCGGGUCCGAAUUAGGUGACAUGGCAGAUGACAUGAAAAAUUAAAAUGACAUGGCAUGACAUGGUAAUGCCACAAUGGAGGAACGUCAGGGCUAAGGGGAAAAAUAACAACUUUAUUAACGAUAAGGAUAUUUUUGAUAAGACCAACUUACUAGGAAUAAAUAUGAACUAUUUGUCAAAUUACAAGAGCAAAUUUGACCCUUUACCCUUCUUGAAAUAUAUAAAUUUUUAAUUAAUUUUAAAGGUAUAUAUUCC